GAGGAUUCUUAGCCAUCAGUGCUUUGAAGCGCUGUGGGCCAUAAGCGCCUGCAAGUCAUGUGACCUUCCAGGCUCAGAUCGUGGUUUAUUUCCGGUGUGGAGUUGCACUCAGAAAGGAUGCGGCUUAGUUCCAACUGAGAGGCAUGGCACUCUGGCGGGCAUACCAGAGAGCCCUGGCUGCACAUCCGUGGAAGGUCCAGGUUCUGACAGCUGGGUCACUGAUGGGCCUAGGUGACAUUAUCUCACAGCAACUGGUGGAGAGGCGGGGUCUCCAGGAACACCAGACAGGCCGGACUCUGACCAUGGUGUCCAUGGGCUGUGGCUUUGUGGGCCCUGUCGUCGGAGGCUGGUAUAAGGUUUUAGACCGUCUUAUCCCCGGCGCCACCAAGGUGGAUGCACUGAAGAAGAUGUUGUUAGAUCAGGGGGCCUUUGCCCCGUGUUUUCUAGGCUGUUUCCUCCCCCUGGUAGGAGUACUCAAUGGAAUGUCAGCCCGGGACAACUGGGCCAAAUUACAGCGGGACUACCCUGAUGCCCUCAUCACCAACUACUACCUCUGGCCUGCCGUGCAGUUAGCCAACUUCUACCUGGUCCCCCUGCAUUACAGGUUGGCUGUCGUCCAGUGUGUUGCUGUUGUCUGGAACUCUUACCUAUCCUGGAAGGCGCAUCAGCUCUAAGCCUGCCUGCUUCCAUGGCUUACACCUUGCACUGAUGCAUCUUCACCCUGGAAUGCUUGGACAUGGUCCUCACAGAGAGCACAUCAAGACUGGCGGGUGGCUCAGCUGCUCACUCAGCUGCAUGGACUGCUCUACAUAGGACCCAUGUUUGGUUCCCAGCAGCCAUGUCGGGUGGCUCACAACCACCUCAAGCUCCAGGAGAUCCGUGUCUUCUUCUGGCCUCUCAGGCACCUGCACUCACACACACACGUACGCAUGAAUGGACACUUACUCAUAAUUAAGCAUAAAAUAAAAUCUUUCUUAAAAAGAGA